AUGACACCAUCUGAAUGCAACAAAGAUAACAACAACAACACUUAUUUUUGUCCAUGUAAAAACCCACUACCUAAAGAGACUACCACAAGUCAAAUUCAAGAAAUAGAUGAUAUAUGGGAAUCUGAUAAUGAAAAUGAAAAUCAACAGCCCAAAGAUAACUUUGUACAUAAUGAUAUAAUACGACAACAUCAAAAACAAGGAUAUCUUGAUGGUAUAACUCACAAUAAAGAAACAAAUUUACAACAAGGAUUUGAUGAUUCAUUUAGUUUGGGAGGUCAAUUAGGUAUUGAAGUUGGUAUGAUAUUAGCUAAAGUUAAAAUACUAGAUCACAAAAACAGUAAUGGGUUACUUAAUGAAUGUAUUAAUGAUUUGAAGAUUUCCAAAAUUUUUGAUAAUAAAUAUUUCAAUGAAAAUUUAGAAAUGAUUAAUGAUCAACAUGAAUUGAUUUUGAAAUGGAAAGAUAAGUUGAAAGAAUUAGAGAAAAUGUGA